GGCGGGGGAUGCUGGCAGCUAGCGGCCCGCGGGAACCAUGCUCCGGGGGUUGGCGGGCACCUGGGCCGUGCUCGGCGCGCUGCUCUGGGGCUGUGGGCUGGCGCUGCUGCAGGGCGGGAUGCUCUACCCCCAGGAGAGCCGGUCGCGGGAGCGCAAGGAGCUCGACGGCCUCUGGAGGUUCCGCGCCGACUUCUCCCAGAACCGGCGCCAGGGCUUCGAGCAGCAGUGGUACCGGACGCCGCUGCGGGAGUCGGGCCCCAGCCUGGACAUGCCGGUUCCCUCCAGCUUCAACGACGUGGGCCAGGAUGGGCGGCUGAGGAGCUUCGUCGGCUGGGUGUGGUAUGAACGGGAGGCCGCCCUGCCCCAGCGAUGGACCGAGGACCUGGGCACACGAGUGGUGCUGAGGGUCGGCAGCGCCCACUACUACGCCAUCGUGUGGGUGAAUGGGGUCCAUGUGGCAGAGCACGAGGGGGGCCAUCUCCCCUUCGAGGCUGACAUCAGCAGGCUGGUCCAGAGUGGGCCCCUGUCCUCCUGCCGCAUCACCAUCGCCAUCAACAACACGCUCUCCCCCAACACCCUGCCGCCAGGGACCAUCCUCUACAAGACGGACACCUCCAAGUACCCCAAGGGUUACUUUGUCCAGAACACAAACUUUGACUUCUUCAAUUACGCGGGACUGCAUCGGACUGUGCUCCUCUACACCACGCCUACCGCCUACAUCGAUGACAUCACCGUCGCCACCGACGUGGACCAAGACACUGGGCUGGUGAAUUACCAGAUCGUUGUCCAGGGCAGUGAGCACUUCCAGCUGGAAGUGUGUCUUCUGGAUGAGGAAGGCACGGUCGUGGCCAAGGGGACCGGGGGCCGGGGCCAGCUGCAGGUGCCCAGUGCCCACCUCUGGUGGCCGUACCUGAUGCACGAGCACCCUGCCUACCUGUACUCGUUGGAGGUGAAGCUGACUGCACAGACGGCUGCUGGGUUUGUGUCUGACUUCUACACCCUGCCCGUGGGGAUCCGCACCGUGGCUGUCACACAGAGCCAGUUCCUCAUCAACGGGAAGCCUUUCUAUUUCCACGGGGUCAACAAGCAUGAGGAUGCAGACAUCCGAGGGAAGGGCUUUGACUGGCCGCUGCUGGUGAAGGACUUCAACCUGCUUCGCUGGCUGGGCGCCAAUGCCUUCCGCACCAGCCACUACCCCUACGCAGAGGAGGUGAUGCAGCUCUGCGACCGCUAUGGGAUCGUGGUCAUCGACGAGAGUCCCGGAGUGGGCAUCGUGCUGGCCCAGAGCUACAGCAACGUGUCUCUGCAGCACCACCUGGAGGUGAUGGAGGAGAUGGUCCGCAGGGACAAGAAUCACCCGUCUGUUGUGAUGUGGUCUGUGGCCAACGAGCCCGCUUCCUUCCUGAAACCAGCUGGUUACUACUUUAAGACGCUGAUUGCCCACACCAAAGCCUUGGACCCCUCCCGGCCCGUGACCUUUGUGACCAACUCCAACUAUGAAGCAGACCUGGGGGUGCCUUAUGUGGACGUCAUCUGUGUGAACAGUUACUACUCCUGGUAUCAUGACUAUGGGCACAUGGAAGUGAUUCAGCUGCAGCUGGCAACCCAGUUUGAGAGCUGGUAUAAGACCUACCAGAAGCCAAUUAUUCAGAGCGAGUACGGAGCAGAAACCAUCACAGGGUUUCACGAGGACCCACCUCUGAUGUUCAGUGAAGAGUACCAGAAAGGCCUGCUUGAGCAGUAUCACGUGGUUCUGGAUCAAAAACGAAAAGAAUAUGUGGUUGGAGAGCUCAUCUGGAAUUUUGCUGAUUUUAUGACUGACCAGUGUAAGUGGCAGUUCGGUGCAUGGAAUGUACCGCUUCUCCUUUUUUCAGCACCACAGAGGCCGAUAGGGAAUAGAAAAGGGAUCUUCACUCGUCAGAGACAACCGAAAAGUGCAGCAUUCCUGUUGCGAGAGAGAUACUGGAAACUUGCCAAUGAAACCAAGUGCCACCGGUCAGCUGUGAAGUCACAGUGCGUGGGAAACAGCCCGUUUACUUUUUAAGCAAGAACUACCUCUCUGCUGACAAGGGCUCUGUCAGCCCCUCCUUCCCAAGUAGGGGGCGACUUCCACAGGACACAGAGCAAGCGCUUCCUGGACUGUGCAUGGCAGACCGGGAAGUUUUCUGGUCUGGAUUUUGUGGUCAUUUGCUAGAAGGGAACGUUAGAGGUGAAAAUAAAGGCUUUUGUAGUAUGAGAGUAAAGAGUUGGCUUAAAAGCGACCAUCCAUAAAUUCAAUGAUCUGUACUGCUGAAGCAUCGGAAAUGGUUCUUCUGUGUCAGGCCGUUUUCAUGGCCUUAACCGAGUACGGAGUCUUGAGAAACCUCUGCUUCAGCACUCGCCACAGUCAGAGUCGCUGGUUACAGACUGUGUGCUGCCACAGGAACAGCCCUGCCGCUUUAGGGCCACCUGUGCUCAGAUGCCACCUGUGCUUUAGGCCGGCCUUGACUUGAGUGGGUGACAGUAAAAGACAAGUGCUAGUAACUCCACAGAUAAGCUGAAGUCCCAGCACAUUCACAGAAAGUAGUAUCAUGCUGGAAUAAUGCACAAGGUCGACGUACCAGUUUCCAGAGUUAAGCUGACACGUAAGCAUAAGAAAGGUAAGAGUUGAGGAAUGUCAGAAUUGGAAGGGAGCUGAGAGGUUACCAGUUCUUCUGGUACAUUCUUCCAACCUCAGCCAUAGUUUUUUCUGGACUGAGAGGGAUAGAUGGGCGUAGAAGCCCACUGGGCCAUCACAGCUGACUGCAGUGAAUGUGAUGAGGCCUCUUUAAACGGGCUGGGCCUGCAGACAAGUAGGACAGGCUUUUGUACCUCUGGAUGACGCCACCUGCUCUGCUCCUGAGGGUGGUCUUUCCUUAUGGAAUUUUUCCUCCUCCUCCUCUUCCACAGGCUCCAUUAAGGCAAGUAAGGCACAUUGUAAGAGUUCAGUGUUCAUCUAUCUUGGUUUAAAGCUGAAAGCUUUGGAAAAACACUGUCCAAUCAAAUAGAAGACCAUGAAACAAUACAAUUCUUAAUACAGAGCUUGAUCCACUUCACUUGCGGGGGAUUUCACAUCUCAGCACAUGCCCUUUUUUACCCUUCCUUUCCAAGCUCCGUGAAAGGAACAGUACAGAUAAUUUAACCUCAUUUUAGUGGCCGUCUUUAGACCAUUUUUAAGAAAUGAGAGUAUAGUCAGUUCAAAUAAUAAGUUAGGAAUUCUAGUGGUUACAUAUUUCUUUCAUUACCACUAAACUUAAGUCCCUUGGAGUAAUCAAGUUUUGUGUUCCAGUUUAAUGUCAAGGAAUAAUAUAUAAAACUCUUUACUUGACAAACAUUAAAAAAAAAUUAAACAUCA